UCAGGGCCCACGCGGGAAGCGGAAGUCGCCUCAGGUCGGGCCGGACGAGCGGCGCGGCGGAGGGCGACGGUUCGGUCUCGGGCUGCCAUGCGGCCCGGUGCUUGCAGGGCCCCGUGCAGUCCUCUCCGGGCGGAAUCCACUGAGCUCCGCGCCAGCCCUGGCAGAUUUCUUAGAUAAACUCGUGCUGAGUUUUGAGGGCAGAUGCCACCUUGGAGCAUUUGUACCAGGCUUUAAGGCGUGGAGCCCAGACGCCACCACCACCCUCCCUGGCUUCUGCAGUUCCUCCAGGUCUCUGGAUGGGCCCAGUCCUGUGGCCUGGGGCUCAAAGUGGGAGUCAUGGGUCCUGCUCAGUGGGGGCAGGGAAGGCAGGGUUUCCGCCUUCUGAAGAAGAGUUUGCUGAUAUGGAAGCUCAUGGCCGUGGUCUUGGUUGCACUGCUGUUCUGUGAAUUCCUAAUCUACUACCUUGUGAUUUUCCGGUGUGCCUGGCCAGAGGUGGCGGUGCCUGCCCCUGGCAGAGAGCAGGUGCCCGUGCUGAGAGCCAUGGUCCUGGCUGACACACACUUGCUUGGAGCAGUACAAGGCCACUGGCUGGACAAACUGCGGAGAUGUGCAGCUUGGGCUGGGGGUGUGUGGCCUGUGCACCACCCAGAGCUAGUUCGUUGGUCAGCAGCACACACAUCUGCAUACACACGCCUGUGCAACAGAAGUCCGGCCAUCAUCUGCCCAGCAGUGCCGUGGCCGUCCUGUGUGCUGUCUCUGUUUGAGCCUGUGCCCUCGAUGGGACCAAGCGCUGUAUGGGCCUGGACUGGACCUCAGCACCAGCUGGGGGAGUGGCAGAUGGAGCGCGCCUUCCAGACUGCGCUGUGGCUGCUGCAACCUGAAGUGGUCUUCAUUCUGGGCGACAUCUUUGAUGAGGGGAAGUGGAGCUCACCACAGGCCUGGGCGGACGACGUGGGGAGGUUCCGGAAGAUGUUUAGACACCCCGCCCAUGUGCAGCUGAAGGUGGUGGCGGGCAACCACGACAUUGGCUUCCACUACUGGUCCAGGAGCUGCUUCACAGCCUGGUGCCGCCAGGUAGCCGACUGCCUCGGUCCUCAGCUGCUGCUUCUGACCUCUGCAUGCAGGAUGAGUGGCUACACAGUGCAGCGCUUUGAGGACGUCUUUAGCUCGCAACGGCUGUUUUCUCGAAAAGGCGUGAACUUUGUGAUGGUCAACAGUGUGGCCAUGGAGGGCGAUGGUUGCAGCAUUUGUGCGGUGGCCGAGACCAAGCUUCUGGAGAUUUCUCAAUGGCUGAACUGCUCCCGAGAGGCUCGGGGCCCCAGCCUGUGUAGAGCGGGGCGGCGGCUGCCCCCAUCAGCCCCCAUCCUGCUGCAGCAUUACCCACUGUACCGCGCCAGCGAUGCCAACUGCUCGGGGCCAGACGCAGCUCCGCCGGAUGAGAGGACUGUUCCCUUCACAGAGAGAUACGACGUGCUUUCCUGGGAGGCCUCUCAGAAGCUGCUGUGGUGGUUCAGGCCGCGCCUGGUGCUGAGUGGCCACACACACAGUGCCUGUGAGGUGCUGCACGGCUCGGGGACCCCUGAGGUCAGCGUCCCGUCCUUCAGCUGGAGGAAUAGAAACAACCCCAGCUUCAUCAUGGGACCGUGUCCGCAGGUGUCUUGCUCCAUGGGAAGGGCGAGCUGAGCAUGGCUGGAACCUGAGGACACGGCUAUCAUACCGGCCCCACAGCCUCUGUGACACAGCACAGGGCUUCUGUUCCAAGUCCCCAUAGCACAGGGGGACCCACUGUGCCGGGGUGUGGUUGCUUUGGGGCCUCAGAUGCCAGGGCCCCUGGGUCAGACUGCUGUAUGUCCCCCUUUCCCAGGCCAGCCUGACGUCGCAAGACUACGCCCUUGCCAAGUGCUUCCUGCCGCAGGAGGACACCGUCCUGGCCACCUACUUCGGGGUGCUGGGGCUCCUCGUGGUUGUCACCCUGGCUCACCUGGAGCGGCUGGCCCUGCCUUUCCCAUCCGGCUGGACAGUGCUCAGGACACACAGGGCCAGGUGAGGGGGCGGCAGUGGCAUAUGCCGCUCCAGGUCAGUGCCGUCUUUGGGUCAUGGAAGCUGUGUCAUCAGCGUGGUGAGGCUGCUCGAGGAACAGACCACGCUGCCCUCAUGCUAGAAAAAUGGGGUACAUGCCCUGCAACCCACCUGAGCUCCUGUGUGUGGAACACGAGGGGGCUGGGCAGCGUCACCUGCACACAGCUGCCCCUGCUGGAGCAUGGGUCCCAGCGUGGCUCUGUCCUGGGAUCUCCCUUUCACCUCAGGGAGCAGGGCACACUGCCCUUGGGCUUCGUCCUGCACCCUGCACUGCUGAGAUCAGGGCUCCAGACACACAGAAUUCUCCUUUCCAGGCCUGGGCUGGCACCUGACAUCAUGCCUCUCAAAGACCUGGACUUGAAAGUAGACUUGGACGUGGCUUGUGGUAUGGAAAAAUAAACGCUACAGUGAUUUAAAGUCAGACAA